AGUCGGUGUCACUUGAGGGUUCUCCCUUAUUGCGAUCGACACGCCUCUCGCUUUGUUUGUUUGUUUACAGGAGCAUGUAUAUUUUCGUUUUAUGUUGCUCGAGCAGCAUGGAUCUCUUCUAGUGUCCGUGGGACUCUGACGUCUUCCCUAUGAGUUCAUCUGCAGACGCGCUCCCGUCAGCGGGGCAACUUUUCGGUGCGCAGCUGAGCCGCUAAGCCGCGCCGCGCGUCUCCCGGUGGGGAAAGUUCACACGCAAACCCCUCCAGGCUCGCGGUGAGAGCUACCCCCCCCCCCCCCACCACACCUUCGCCCCCCCCCACACACCCCUCUCUACUCGUCCAAAAACUGUGCGGCAAAAAUGCAGAAGAGCCUCCGCUACAACGAAGGGCACGCGCUGUUUCUGUCGGCGGUGGCGCGUAAAGAGGGGACCAAGCGCGGCUACCUGAGCAAGAAGACGGCGGAGAACAGCCGGUGGCACGAGAAGUUCUUCGCCCUCUACCAGAACAUACUGUUCUACUCCGAGAACGAGCAGAGCGCGAGACCUGCCGGGAUUUACCUGUUGGAAGGAUGCACCUGCGAGCGCUCAUCCGCGCCCAAGAUGUCCACCACUGGGAAGGAAGCGCUGGAGAAACAGCACUACUUCCUCAUCGUGUUCGGGCACGAUGGACAGAAGCCUCUGGAGCUUCGGACGGAUGAGGAGAGCGAGUGCGAUGAAUGGGUGGACGCCAUCCAGCAGGCAAGUUACUCUGACAUCAUCAUCGAACGAGAGGUGCUGAUGCAGAAAUACAUCCACCUCGUGCAGAUAGUGGAGACGGAGAAGGUGGCCGCCAAUCAGCUGCGCACCCAGCUGGAAGAUCAGGGCACAGAGAUCGAGAGGCUCAAAUCAGAGAUCAUAGCUCUGAACAAAACUAAGGAGCGGAUGCGGCCUUACCAAGUCAACCAUGAGAAUGAAGACCCGGAUAUCAAAAAGAUCAAAAAGGUGCAGAGCUUCAUGCGGGGCUGGCUCUGUCGGAGGAAGUGGAAGAUCAUCGUUCAGGACUACAUCUGCUCUCCUCACGCUGAGAGCAUGAGGAAGAGGAACCAGAUCGUCUUCAACAUGGUGGAGGCAGAAACAGAGUACGUCCACCAGCUCUACAUCCUGGUCAACUGUUUCCUCAGACCUCUGCGGAUGGCGGCCAGCUCCAAGAAACCCCCCAUCUGCCACGAUGAUGUCAGCAGCAUCUUCCUCAAUAGUGAGACCAUCAUGUUCCUACAUGAGAUUUUCCAUCAAGGCUUGAAGGCGAGGAUAGCCAACUGGCCAACUCUGGUGCUGGCUGACCUGUUUGACAUCCUGCUGCCCAUGCUGAACAUCUAUCAGGAGUUUGUGCGUAACCAUCAGUACAGCCUGCAGGUUCUGGCCAACUGUAAGCAGAACCGAGACUUCGACAAGCUGCUGAAGCAGUACGAGUCCAACGCUGCCUGCGAGGGGAGGAUGCUCGAGACCUUCCUCACAUACCCGAUGUUCCAGAUUCCCCGCUACAUCAUCACCUUGCACGAGUUAUUGGCCCACACGCCUCAUGAGCACGUGGAACGAAAGAGUCUCGAAUUCGCCAAGUCCAAAUUAGAAGAACUGUCCAGAGUGAUGCACGACGAGGUGAGCGACACGGAGAACAUCCGGAAGAACCUGGCCAUAGAGAGGAUGAUAGUGGAGGGCUGUGACAUCCUGCUGGACACCAGCCAGACCUUCGUCAGGCAGGGCUCUCUGAUCCAGCUGCCGUCGGUGGAGCGAGGGAAGCUCAGUAAGGUCCGUCUGGGCGCUCUCUGUCUGAAGAAGGAAGGGGAACGCCAGUGCUUCCUCUUCACCAAACACUUCCUCGUCUGCACGCGCAGCUCUGGGGGGAAACUGCAUCUUCUCAAGCAAGGUGGAGUCUUGUCCCUGAUUGACUGCACACUCAUCGAGGAACCUGAUGCCAGCGAUGAGGAGGCUAAAGCCGGCGGCCAGUCGUUUGGCCAGCUGGACUUUAAGCUCGUGGUCGAGCCCUCGGACUUGCCUCCAUUCACCGUGGUGCUCCUGGCACCGUCGCGGCAGGAGAAGGCGGCAUGGACCAGUGAUAUGAGCCAGUGUAUCGAUAAUAUCCGCUGCAAUGGCUUGAUGACCAGUGUGUUUGAGGAGAACUCUAAAGUCACUGUGCCUUAUAUGAUCAAAUCCGAUAUGCGUCUCCAUAAAGAUGAUCUUGACAUUUGCUUCAGCAAGACGCUCAACUCCUGCAAGGUCCCCCAGAUCCGCUACGCCAGCGUGGAGCGGCUGCUGGAGAGGCUGACCGACCUGCGCUUCCUCUCCAUCGACUUCCUCAACACCUUCCUGCACACCUACAGGAUGUUCACCACGGCGACGGUGGUCAUGGGGAAGCUGGCCGACAUCUACAAGAAGCCCUUCUCCUCCAUUCCUAUCAGGGCGCAGUUCCACUCAUUUGACCGUCUGUCCAUCUCACCCAUCUGUCCCGACUACAGUCUGAAGAUCAAGAGGACAGCCGUGGAUCAGUCCAAGUCCUUGGAGCUGUUCUUUGCCACGAACCAGAACAACAGAAGUGGCGAGCACACAAACGACAAAUCUCCUCGUCUCUGCCGCAAGUUCUCCUCUCCUCCUCCUCUGUCCAUCCAGUCCCGCACCUCCUCCCCUGUCCGAACUCGAAAGCUCUCCCUCCACUCCCCCAUCACCGCCAGGGUGGGAGGGCUCGACCUGACCAGUCCGCUGUCAAACUCCAGCGUCAACCAGAACACGUCCCGGUCUGCCGCCAGCAGCCCCACAUCUGCCCACACCCCCCAAGCCUCGUCGCCUCCCCUUCCUCCACCCCCUCCCUCGUCUACCUCUCCCCCGCCCAACAACUCAAAGCCCCCGCAGGACCAAGUCCCGCCCAUCCCCUCCUCCCCGGACCAAAGCCCCUGCUCGACUGCGGAGGGGGAGGACGUGCCGAAGGUGGACCCGUUUUCUGGCAAACUGAGACGGAGCAUCCGCAGAGCGCUGCUGGAGUCGGUGUCGCUGGAGAAAAUCAACCCGGAGUCUCCUCAGAGCAGUGAAGCCGGAGACAUGUCUCCAUGUCAUUCACCUUCCACACCUCGACACCUCCGCUACCGGCAGCCUGGAGUCGCGGUCGGGGAUAACUCCCGCUGCCCAGUCUCUCCUGCUUCAGCCUUUGCAAUUGCCACAGCAGCAGCAGGACAUGUGUUUACGAACUCUGAAAGAACUUGUGACAAAGAGUUCAUCAUCCAAAGAGCUGCAACGAACAGAGUUCUCAACGUGCUGCGGCACUGGGUCUCCAAACACUCACAGGACUUUGAGAUGAACGGGGAGCUGAAGAUGUCGGUGGUCUGUCUCCUGGGGGAGGUGCUCCGAGACCCAGACCUGCUCCCUCAGGAGAGUAAAGCUACAGCCAACAUACUAAGUACCCUUUCUCAAGACGAGCAGGAGGACGCCCAGCUGAGGAUAGAGGACAUCUUAAAGAUGGCCGACUGUCCGCAGGCGGAGUGCUUCGAGUCUCUGCCGGCGAUGGAGCUGGCCGAGCAGAUCACCCUCCUGGAUCACAUCGUCUUCCGGAGCAUUCCUUAUGAAGAGUUCCUGGGUCUGGGCUGGAUGAAGGUGGACAAGACGGAGAGGACGCCAUACAUCAUGAAAACUACUCAACACUUCAAUAACAUGAGUAACCUGGUGGCAUCGCAGAUCAUGACCCACACCGACGUGGGCUCCAGGGCCAACUCCAUCGAGAAGUGGGUUGCCGUGGCCGACAUCUGUCGCUGCCUCAACAACUACAACGGCGUGCUGGAGAUCACCUCCGCGCUUAAUCGCAGCGCCAUCUACCGCUUGAAGAAGACCUGGGCUAAAGUCAGCAAACAGGCUAAAACCCUCAUGGACAAACUGCAGAAGACCGUGUCCACCGAGGGAAGGUCUAAAAAUCUGAGGGAGACCCUGAAAAACUGCAACCCUCCGUGUGUGCCCUACAUGGGAAUGUAUCAAACUGACUUGGCCUUUAUUGAGGAGGGACGGCCCAAUUUUACUGAGGAAGGUCUUGUAAACUUCUCCAAAAUGAGGAUGAUAUCCCACAUCAUCAGAGAGAUCCGACAGUUUCAGCAGACUCCGUACAGAAUAGAGCAUCAAGCCAAGGUAACCCAGUACCUCCUGGAUAAGACUCUCAUCAUGGACGAAGAGACCCUCUAUGACCUCUCGCUGAAGAUCGAGCCCAGGCUUCCUGCCUGAGUUGCAGCUGUUUAUGGCCAGUGGGAACCUGCCGAACCUGGACCCCCGAGGGCAACGCGCCCACGCAAUCGCAUCAAUCAAGAGGAAAGCUGAGAGUUUUGAGAGCGACGUGGGAGUGGAAAUAAGAGAAAUACUGACUGAAGUGGGAGAUAUCUUUAGAGUGAAGUAUGAGGACGGUGGGACACACGCUUUGGGGAGGGCACGAGGCUGGUGCAGCGUUGGAUUGAGUGUCUUCAAAGACAACCAGAGGAGGAGGUUUGGGUUUUUUUGAGGAGGCGCCAUGUUGCCGUGUGCGCUCAUCACUCCUCCUCCGAGAGGAGUGCGGUGCACACGUGGAGCGUGGAGUGAAUGGAUGGAAUACAGUGGAUGUAACGGAGAUGUAGCAUAUACAGAUAGAGUGACAGAGAGAUGUCUGAGCUCGUGUCUCUGUGCCGUUGUCUAUGUUCUGUUGCCUGUGCAUAUCUGUGCCACGUACUGGAGCCAGAGAGCUCCAGAAAAAAAGAAAAAAACGAGCUUUUUUUGGUCAUGAUGGUCACUGCAUAAAACGUGCAUGAAUUCCGCUUGGGAUGUAACUGUGUAAAUGGCCUUCCACCUGACCCUUAGCUUAGCAUGCAUCACUCUUUCCAGAGUGACCCUCUAAGCCACUAUGCAUCCUCAGUGGGCUGGGUGUGGCAAAAAAGAACAAAAAUAAAACGCCUUCAAGCCUUCAAAUGUAAUGUAGAAAGAUAAUAAAAUGAAAAUAAUUGAAAAGUGGAAACAGUUGAGAUAUUUUGAUGAGGUGGCAGGUUUUUCCAUUGAUAAAGACUUUUGUAUUCGCCCUUAGUCGAUCUUUGCCUAAAGACUGAACGGAGAGCUAUUCCUCAAAUGAAAACGUCCACAUGAAUGAUACAAAAUAAAACACUUUAUCAGUGCCUUCCACUAGUGUAGGCCAAUUUCCCCACAGUUGCCAAUACACACGCGUACCGUUUUACAUGAAUCCUGCUUCGAAAGCUUAAGAUUGACUUUAAAAUCGGACUAGAGACUCAUUCAAAUUAUGUUUACUUCUUCUUCUUUUUUUCGGUUACGUAGACUUGAGAGUAGCAUGUUCGUGUAAACACAGUAAAGUCCUUGCAGCAAAUGUCUCCCUCUAGUGUUGAAACAUUGUUAUAACCUCUACUGACCCAAAGCUUUUGCAGCGUUUGUGUAUUUGUUGGAUUUCUUGGGCUUUUUGAAACUUGUCUGAUCCUGACGUGUGUAGUCGGGUCCCGGUGUGUAACUCUUGGAUGUUGGCUGGGACCGUUUAUUGCACUCUGAGAUGUAGCUUCGCUUGAGUGACAGUACGAUCGUUAUUUGACCAUGAUAUUUAUUUCAUCAGAUACUGUAUUUAUGAUAUUUUUGUAUAUAGCUACUCCACACAUCACAUGGUUGACGAAGAGAUUGUUUGAAUUUGUUAUGCUGUGAGUAUUGAUUAUUUUCAUUGUUUUUUUUAAUGUCUCUCUUGCUUUUAUGUUGAAUUGUAGUUUGUUUGCAUCCCAGGCUCUUGCAUUGCAAGACAUCUGUUCAACUUUAUUCAAAAUAAAUAAUAAUAACAUUUUUUUAAAACAAUGUCAUUUGAAAGUGGAAGAAAUGUAGCAUUUGAAUAAUCAGAAUUAGUUUACCAUAUUGCUGAUAUGAUGAACAUAGUUGUCCUGCAUGCACACAACAGCUGCAUGUUGUGCUCCGUGUGCGUCGUCCCUCUGCUUCUCUAUAUCAAUAUCGUCUUUAGCUGUCAGCAGGCUCCCUUCAAAAGGCAUAGAAACAAAUAUGUUGUGCUUAAAAUCUGCCACAUCGGUCUCCAAGCUCAAGCGUUGUCUUUAGGCUACGUCAUCUGCAAAAGAGCUGGUUGUUCUGGCGGAGCUGCGUCGGAAGUAACAGAUGGAUGAGAGGUAAAUGUUUUCGGCUUUGCUUUUGGGAAUAACUUGUCUGCACUGUGUCUGUAACCCACACAGGUUUGGGAAUACAGGAUGCCACGUUUGUAUUGUGUCACUUUCCGUGUAUUUGUUUGCUUUUUUCACGUGUAGAUGCAGGAGAAAUAAAUUCAACAUGCCUUAUG